AAUCUUAUACAGAUUAGCUAAUUAGAUUGUACACUUAGAAUGUACCUUGUACAGUUGCUAAUUCCACCAAUCUCUCCCUCUAAACACUUUUAACUCUUCAACUCUAAACCCAGGCGAGGUGAUUACUGUUGAGACAAUUAAUGGCGCCCGAUAAUGAAGCAAACGUACCAUUUCACCUUGAAAAAUGCAUUGGAAACCUUGAAACGAAGCAUAGAGGUAGAUUAUGGCACCUAUUCUUUUCUAUUACAAAAGAACUCCAAAAUGAAAGAUAUUCAAAUUGGCCAGUAUGUUCACAGCCACAUAAUAAAAACAGGAUUCAAACAAUAUGUAAUACUGUGGAAUCACCUGCUUAACAUGUAUGCGAAGUGCAAUAGAUUGAUUGAUGCACGCCAAGUUUUUGACAAAAUGUCUACCAGAAAUGUGGUGUCUUGGACUGCAAUGAUGGCAGGAUAUGCACAGAAUGGAUAUGGAGACAAGGCUCUAGAUCUUUUUCACCAGAUGCAAUAUGAUAACAUAGAACCAGACAAAUUCAUAUUGUCUAUUAUCAUAAAGGUAUGCGCGGAGUUGGCAGAUUUGGAGGAGGGUGAAAGGGUUCACUGCAGAAUAGUUGUGACUGGUUUAGAGCUUAAUGUUGUUGUGGGCAGUGCCCUGGUUGAUAUGUAUGGCAAAUGUGGGAGUUUGGAUUAUGCACGCAAAAUGUUUGACAAGAUGUCUGAACGAAAUGUGGUGUCGUGGAAUGCUAUGAUUGCAGGGUAUGCAAGGAAUGGAUACCUUGAUGAGGCCUGGAAGCUGUUUUGUCUAAUGCCUGAAGUGGACAUUGUUUCAUGGUCUGCAAUGAUUGCAGGGUAUGCACAGAAUGGAAAUGGUGAAGAAGCCUUGAAACUUUUUUCUCAAAUGCGAAGCCUUGGUAUAACGGAAGAUGAAUUUAUCUUGGCAAGCAUUCUCAGAGCGUGUGCGAAGCUAGGUAAUCUGAAUCAUGGGAAGGAAGUCCAUGGCCACAUUAUUAGGAUUGCUUUUGAUUUCGAUGUUACAGUCUCUACUGCGAUUAUUGAUAUGUAUGGGAAAUGUGGUUGCGUAAGAGAUGCGCGACAAGUGUUUGACAGAAUGACCAUACAGGACGUGUUUUCGUGGAAUGCGAUGAUAGCCAGCUAUGCUCAGAAUGAGCAAUUUGAGAUGGCAUUGAAACUCGUUCAUCAAAUGCCAGAACCAGACAUAGUCUCAUGGAAUGUGAUAAUUGCAGCAUAUGCCCUGCAUGGGCAAGGAGAUCAGGCUUGGGACCUCUUUUAUAGGAUAAGGAAUGAAAGUAUGAAGCUUGACGAGUUCAGCUUUGCUGGCGCUCUUGGUGCUUGUGGGUGCUUAGCACAUAUUGACUGUGGGAAGCAGGUCCAUGCUCUCAUUACCAAAACUGCAGUGGGAUCGCGUCUAGUUGCAGGGAAUGCCCUUAUCAAUAUGUAUGGGAAAUGUGGAAGUAUAGAGGAUGCACACAAAGCUUUUUGUGAAAUGAGCAAACGAAACAUGAUCUCAUGGACUGCCAUUAUCGUUGGGUGUGCUCAGCAUGGACAGGGCAAAGAAGCCCUGCAAUUGUUUGAACAAAUGAUACAAGCAGGUAUUAAACCAAAUGAGAUCACCUUUAUUGGUGUGCUCACUGCGUGCAGUCAUGCAGGCCUUGUGGAUGAAGGGAUUUCCUACUUCAAUUCCAUGAGUAGAAAGCAUGGUAUCACACCAAGGGUAGAUCAUUAUACUUGCAUGGUUGAUCUUUUUGCUCGUGCAGGAUUUCUGGUUAUGGCAAAGGAGUUUAUUGAUAAAAUGCCAGUUGAGCCUGAUGCUGCUGUCUGGGGGGCUUUGCUUGGUGCCUGCAGGAUCCAUGGUAAUAUUGAGCUACUUAGGCAUGCAGCAGAAUGUCUUCUUGAGUUUGAACUAGACGCAGGAACAUAUGUGCUUUUAUCUAACAUUUAUGCUGCUGAAGGCAGAUGGGAUGAUGUAGCCAGGUUAAGAAAACUCAUGAAAGAUAGAGGGGUCAAAAAGCAGCCUGGAUGCAGCUGGAUUGAAGUUAAGAACAUAAUGCAUUCGUUUGUUGUUGGAGACAGCUUGGAACCUAUAAACGCGGAGAUUUAUCAAAUGUAGAAAAUUGGCUUGGCAGAUGGACGUUGCAGGUUACAUGGAUAAGAUAAACUAUUCAUUUCUUGGAAUUGAUGAACAGAAGGAACCACGAAUUCUUUUCAUAAGAAGAAGCUGGAAUACGUAUAGGUUUUAGAAGCAUGUAUCUAUCGAUUAGCUGUCCAAGCUAUAAAGAUUGUGUUGAGCUCCAUGAAUACCACGUUGUGUUUGAGAUUAUUCACAUUGAGUUGUAAAUUUUUUUUCAUUUUCUUAGACUGUUGACUGUGUUCGUCGGUGAUCAGAAUAAUUCUUUGUGUCAAGUUGUCAAUUUUUGUCUCUUCGAUCACAAUGUAAGAGAGCGAUAUUGUAUCAGGCAAACACAAUAUAGCACAUUUCAUGACAAUGGCAUUUGCAUGAGAGCAUAAAAGAAUAUCUGGGUUCAUUGGUAGUCC